AUGGAGGACUUGAAAACGUCGGACCGACUUUUCCACAAGUCCUCGUUCAGCAUCAGCAGCCUGUUGUUAAGACGAGAGGGAGUGAUGGGUGAACAGGAGGCUUCUUCUGCGUCCCAGAAACUGCGCUCUGCGCGUCAAGGGAGUCAGGAGAAAGACUUUGGCAAUGACAAGAACUGCGAAAAACUGAAGUUAGAAAUCAAACCGGUGACUGCAAAUGGGAAACGAGAGGGAAACAAGGGAGAGUCGAAGAAAAGCGUGGCAUCAGAAGAAAGCGUUAAACCUGAGAAACCUCCUUUCAGUUAUAACGCGCUUAUCAUGAUGGCGAUCCGCCAGAGUCCGGAGCGACGGCUCACACUUAACGGCAUCUAUGAGUUCAUCAUGGAAAACUUUCCAUACUACCGACAGAACAGACAGGGGUGGCAAAACUCAAUCAGGCACAACUUGAGUCUAAAUAAGUGUUUCGUUAAAGUGCCGCGCCACUAUGAUGACCCGGGCAAAGGCAACUACUGGAUGCUGGACCCCUGCAGCGAGGACGUCUUUAUAGGCGGCACAUCAGGGAAACUCCGCCGCAGGGCCGCUGCUGGCUCCAGGACCAAGCUUGCACUGAAAAGAGGGGAAGGUCGUCUGAUGUCCUCCAGCACUGCAACCAGCGUGACCUUGGCUGCUGCGGGUUCAUUUUACUGGCCGGUGCCGCCGUUUCUGCCUCUCCAAACACCAGUGCGCACCCACCUCGGCACAGGGACUUAUCUGAGCGCUCACCCCCGCUUCCCAAAUCACGCUACAUCCAUGGUUUCACAGAGAUCCCGGUUGAGUGCAACAAGUGCUGCAGACGCGGACCGGUUCGUACAGACGCACCAGGAGAUGUCUUACAUUGGACUCAGCUGCGCGCAAUCCCGACGCCAUCAGAUUGGCACAGCAUGCACCGCUUUCUCCACAUCAAUCCCCGCGUGCACCCUGCCGCUAUCGGAUCCGUACUCUUUUAACAUGAUCUCCGGACAAGCCAGCUACUUUUACUCUCACCAAAUACCAUGCGCUACAACGUUUAGUCCGUGCCAAGAGGACUGCGCCACGUCCAAGACCUCUCCGGGACAAUUUUUCUCCAAGAACGGCCACUCAGACCUCGCAGGUUUCUGUAAUGACUUUUCAAAUUACUGCCCUCAAGUCAGUUCAAGCCCUCCUCCGUCUUGGAAUAUAGAAAAAUAA